CAUCACGCGAAUGAUCAUGCUUCGGCCCUCUCAUGGGCAUCGAUAAGAAUGUCUACAGACGAUACCAGCACUCCGCGGAAGCGCCCGCGUCCCAGUUCUGACAUUACUCGACCCGCGUAUCCUCGGAAGCGCGCCGCGCAGGCUUGUCACACUUGUCGUCGACGACGCACCAAAUGCGACAAUGAGCGACCAGCAUGUACUUCGUGCAUGAAACUAGGCAUCGAGUGCGUCUAUCAGGAGAGCGAUAAGUCAAGUUUCGACUCUGCCAGCCUUGCCAUACUCCAACGACUGGACACGCUCGAGCAUCUCUUCAGAGUUGCACAUCCUGAGACUCUACGUACCCAAGACAUCCCUCAUGCUCCAUCUCCCGAAGCUACAUCGCCCGAAGCCACAUCACAGACUGUGAGUUUCGAUGCCCCGGUCAAGACCGCUCCCACCGAGCUUUAUUGCAUCAACAUCGAGACAGUUCUGCAAUGGCCGGCUCUUCAACUACCAAAUCAUAUUCCACAGCGGAGCCUAAAAAGCGUCAUUCAACUAAGCCAUCCAAGUCCGGUCCCUCGUCUGUUGUCAAUCUCAGACCUCGAUAGUGCGGAUACGGUAUCAUUGCUGCAACGCUUUCUCCAGAAUUUCCACAUCUACAAUCCUGUCUUGGAGAUAGCGCAGACCGAAGAAUGUGUGAAGAGUACUGUUUAUAACGGGUUGGGGUGGGAUGCGGAGUCUUGCCUUUCGCUCCUCAUAUUUGCGCUAGGUACCAUUGCAAUUCCCGAUGCGCAAGCCUCUUCGGAUACUUCCUCGACAUUUCGUGAAUCAGAGCAGUUCCAACGCGCAGAGUCGUUUUUCCUCGCCGCACAGAGGCGGAUGGGGCCAGCAUUAUGCCACAGCGGGAUAAUGGAAGCACAGAUUUUCUUCUUGGCUGGCGUAUAUCUGAUGACCACUCUGAGACCAUUCGAGGCCUGGAGAAUGUUCAUCCAGGCGUUAGCUUGCUGUCAGACAUUACAUCCGUCUUCUGGUGAUUCACAGCAGGAUGUGUCUCCUGUGUACAGGAGUAUUUAUUGGACGUGUUUCAAGUCUGAACUGGAACUACGUUUGGAACUGAACAUCACCGAGAAUAGCAUAUGGAACCUACGGUAUCCCGAAUUCUUCCCAGCCCCCCCAGAGAGCCUUCAGUCGCAGGGCGAGGCAACGUGGUAUUUCUACCUGGCUGAAAUUGCAUUGCGGCGGCUUGGCAACCGUAUCUUGACGCACAUGUGCCAGUUCAAAUCAGGAAGCGCAAUGCCUAGCCAAGUGUCUAAAAUCAUCGAGUUUGAGCAACAAGCCGACAGCUGGCUUGAUUCUCUCCCUAGUCCACUGAAGCUCGACGGCUCGCUUUCCGAAAGCAUUGAUGAUGAUUCGGAAGCCGCUCCUCUGCGAUUUAUCCUCAACGGCCACCUUCUAGACUGCUAUGAGAUGAUGUAUUGGCCCUUUAUGGCCGAUGCAAUUCACGGCAUUUUGCAGAAUGACCCCGAUUCUCGGAUGCUAGCCUGUAAAGGAUUCGAAAUCUGUGUGCGGCGGAUCAACGAAAACGAGCCAGGCUUCCGCCAUCGCCAUCACGGGACUUGGCUCAUGCUUCGUUCCUGUACGCGAAGUGCAUUGCUAUUGCUCGCUGCGGCACGAUCUAGUCUCAACGACAUGCUUCCUGCUGAAUGGAAGGUCGCUGUUGCUAAAGUCACAGAAUUAUUAAGGUACUGGAAGGACGAGACGUUGGACGCGGGGGACCGAUUAAAUAUUUUAGAGGCUCUUUUAACAUCAACUCCCGAAUCAAAGUAAACUACAGAAUAUACCUUUGCC